AACACCUCUGCAUUAAAAGGAGAUAAAAGGGUACAACAACAUGGAUCCCAAAAUAUAAUUUUAAAAUUGUAGAUGGCAAUAAAGAAAAAGAAAAAAAGAACACUGUUUUCUAUGCAAGAGGGAGAAGGGAAGGAGGGGAUGAGGAUGCAGUAGAUUUUUCUCUGGUUUUUUUUUUUUUUUUUUUUUUUAAGAGGAAGAUCAAAAGCAGAUUUCAUCUGCUCUGCUUUUGCUUUACAGCUCUCCCUUUAAGACUAUUCCAUCUUCUAAUAAAGCUUUCAAAUCCCACAUUCUUUUACAUGGAUAAUUGGUCCACUAUUGUAGGGCAACUAGGAAGAAGGAAUAAAGUCGAAGAAAUCAUUUGGAAUUAGAAAUAUAAGCUAAGAGUAAUUUCCCACAAUUAAAAAAAAUACAUAAUAAUAAGACCUCCCACUGACCUACUGGCUCCUUCUUCUUCUUCCUCUGCUGCAGCCUGCAUCUCUCCCAUCAUUAUAGAUUGAUAAUUCAACACCAUUGUAAUGAUAUAUUAAUAAUCAUCAUCUUCUUUUCCACCCACAAGUUACCAACUCAUUAUUAGUUUUGUUCUGUAAAUAUUACCUCUACAAAAGUGGAUAGCUUUUACCAUAUGAUCAUAAAUACCAUCUCCCCCCCCCCCCCCCCCCCCCCCCAAAAAAAAAAAAAAAAAAAGGAUAGGAUCACGAACAUGGUUUUGAAUCAUCUUCCUUGUCGCAUUUCUUUUUCUUGGCUUCUAAGAAUAUAUUCCUUGUAGUCAGAAUUUAAAGAGGUAUAGGAUUAGGAAGGAAACAUCAUUUGGUAUAAUUGGAUUCUUGGGUUAAAAAAAUGUGUCAUGUACCACUCUAUUGAGAUUCACCCAUUUCAAAGAGAAAUUAUUGGAUGAAACCAACAAAAUGAUGGUUGUCUGGUUAAAAUUCUGUCCUCGUCGCGGGGAGGGAAAAACAUCAUGUUGGAGUGGCAUUAUAGAUGAGUUUGAGUUAAGGGCUAUAAUGUACAGAAGGCAGUACUGUCCUGAAUUUCCUGGUUAGUUUUCAGGUUGAUAGUCUGAUUUGGAGGAGUGAAAAAAAAAAAGAAGAGACAAAACUAAACAUACAAGAGUUAUUUACCAAAAGCUUGAGUACUGAACUAUUUUUAUUGAUGGAAAGUGCAAAUCCUUCAGUUCAUAUCUCUCUCAUUCAAAGCAAUAAAGAGCAUCCUUUAAUUAAAGCUAAAGGGUAUUGUUGUCAUAUGAAUAAAGAAAGGAAACAAAGCAUCACCAUUGCUUUUUUAUUUUAUAUAUAUAUAUAUAUAUAUAUAUAUAUUUCUUUUUUUUUCUUUUGUUUCUUUUCCUUUUUCCCUCCCCCCCCUCCCCACCUCCCCAUUUGAUCUUUCUAUUAUCCAACGGCCAUCUUUUAAUUUGCAUUUUGCUAGCUACAUAUCUUUCUACAGAACCAUCUUCUAUCUUUCCUUUUCUUCAUCCUUUUUUCCUCUUAGCUUUGCUAAAAGAAACUUGAUAUAGAGGAAUUCAGAAAGCAAAGGAACCAUUUUUGUAGCAGAAUUUCAAACCUUGCGCCUCUGUUCUAAAAGGAAACAAAAGCAAAUAAAAGAGGAGAAAGAAAAGGAGGAGCUUUGUUUUUCUUACUUGUAUUUGAAGACUCGUUUACUAUGAACAUGUUUGAUUCCUUAAACCCAAACACACUUGAAGAAGUUCAACAUAUUAUUCUUCCACUGUCUUUUCCUCUUCACUUUGCUGCAAAAUAUAUAAUUGCAAAGCUGCUUAAAACCUUUGGUCUUUGCUUCCUGUGCUUCCAAAUUCAAUUCCCUUGAUACAAUUUUGGGUAAGAAAAAACAAACAUGUUUUUCCUUGUUUUUACAUUCUUCUCUCUUCUAGGCUACUCUUCUUCCCACAGUUUGGUCAGUGAUUUCCAUGUUUUGCUUGCUCUCAAACAAGGGUUUGAAUUCUCAGACUCUGCUACACUAAGCACUUGGACUGCCACAAACUUCAGCUCAGUUUGUUCAUGGGUCGGGAUUCAGUGUUCUCAUGGACGAGUUAUUUCAGUCAACUUGACAGAUUUGAAUCUUGGUGGCUUUGUUUCACCGUUGAUUUCAAAUCUUGACCAACUUACUGAGUUGUCUUUCGCAGGAAAUAACUUUUCUAGUGGCAUUGAAGUAGUGAAUUUGAGUUACCUUCGGUUCCUAAACAUCUCAAACAACCAGUUCACUGGGACUCUGGACUGGAACUUUUCGAGUCUGCCAAACUUGGAGGUGUUGGAUGCCUAUAACAACAACUUCAGUGCUCUACUCCCCACUGAGAUUUUGAAUUUACAGAACCUUAAAUACUUAGACCUUGGAGGUAACUUUUUUCAUGGAAAAAUCCCUGAAAGCUAUGGCAAUUUAGAAGGGCUGCAAUAUCUUUCUCUUGCAGGAAAUGAUUUGGUUGGGAAAAUCCCAGCAGCGUUGGGAAAUCUUACAAAUUUGAGAGUAAUUGCCUUGGGCCAUUACAAUGUUUUUGAAGGGGGACUUCCACCGGAACUUGGGAAGUUGGCCAAUUUGGUUGUCAUGGACAUUGCAGACUGCAAUUUGGACGGUCAAAUUCCUCAUGAACUUGGGAAUUUGAAGGCCUUGAACUCUCUAUAUUUGCAUACAAACCUAUUCUCAGGUUCGAUUCCGAAGCAGUUAGGCAAUCUGACAAACUUGGUCAAUUUGGAUCUAUCCAACAAUGCACUCACAGGAGAAAUCCCAUCCGAGUUUGUUGAGCUCAAGCAGCUCAACCUUUACAAGCUCUUCAUGAACAAACUUCACGGAUCUAUUCCAGACUACAUAGCAGAUUUGCCGAACUUGGAGACAUUGGAACUGUGGAUGAACAACUUCACCGGCACAAUUCCGAAGAAUCUUGGCCAAAAUGGGAGGCUUCAGCUCCUUGAUUUGUCGACAAACAAGCUCACAGGUACAAUACCCGAGGGUUUGUGUUCAUCAAACCAGCUGAGAAUAUUGAUUCUGAUGAACAACUUCCUGUUUGGGCCAAUCCCUGAUGGUUUUGGGACAUGUACGAGUCUUACAAAAGUGAGGUUAGGGCAAAACUAUCUGAAUGGAAGCAUUCCCAAUGGCUUCAUUUACUUGCCUCAGCUAAAUUUAGCAGAGUUUCAGGACAAUUACCUAUCUGGUACACUUUCAGAAAAUUGGGAGAGUUCAUCAACACCCAUCAAAUUAGCGCAACUUAAUCUCUCUAACAAUCUUCUCUCAGGAACUUUACCAUCUUCACUUUCUAAUUUGUCUUUUCUGCAAAUUCUCCUCCUCAAUGGCAACCAGUUUUCUGGUACAAUCCCUCCUUCCAUUGGAGAACUCAAUCAACUUCUAAAGCUUGAUCUUAGCAGAAACUCGCUUUCAGGUGAAAUUCCACCUGAAAUUGGCAAUUGUAUUCAUCUCACUUACCUUGAUUUGAGCAGAAACAACCUCUCUGGCCCAAUUCCUCCUGAAAUUUCCAAUGCACAUAUUCUCAAUUACCUCAACUUGUCGAGAAAUCACCUAAAUCAAUCCCUACCGAAAUCAAUAGGGACAAUGAAGAGCCUGACGAUUGCUGAUUUCUCCUUCAACGAUUUCUCCGGAAAACUACCGGAAUCCGGACUUGCUUUCUUCAAUGCUUCAUCCUUCGCCGGAAAUCCUCAGCUCUGCGGCUCUCUCCUUAACAAUCCCUGCAACUUCGCAACGACAACAACAUCAAAAUCGGGAAAAACUCCGACGUAUUUCAAGCUAAUAUUCGCCCUCGGCUUAUUAAUUUGCUCUCUAGUGUUCGCCGUAGCGGCAGUAGUCAAAGCGAAAUCAUUCAAACGAAAUGGAGCAAGUUCAUGGAAAAUGACAUCAUUCCAAAAGCUUGAUUUCACCGUCUUCGACGUCUUGGAGUGCGUGAAAGACGGCAACGAGAUCGGACGAGGCGGCGCCGGCAUCGUCUACCACGGGAAAAUGCCGAACGGAGUUGAAAUCGCAGUGAAGAAACUUCUAGGGUUCGGCCCUAACAGUCACGAUCAUGGAUUCCGAGCCGAAAUCCAAACCCUAGGCAACAUUCGACACCGAAACAUUGUCAGAUUACUCGCAUUCUGCUCCAAUAAAGAGACAAACCUCCUCGUAUACGAAUACAUGAGGAAUGGAAGCUUAGGCGAAGCACUCCACGGAAAAAAAGCCUCGUUCCUUGGAUGGAAUUUGAGAUACAAAAUCGCCAUUGAAGCCGCCAAAGGUCUCUGCUACCUCCACCACGAUUGCUCUCCACUGAUCGUUCAUCGAGACGUGAAAUCGAACAACAUCCUCUUGAAUUCAAACUUCGAAGCUCACGUCGCCGAUUUCGGAUUGGCGAAGUUCAUGUUCGACGGCGGCGCGUCGGAAUGCAUGUCGGUGAUCGCCGGAUCUUACGGCUACAUAGCUCCUGAAUAUGCAUACACGUUGAAAGUCGAUGAAAAAAGUGAUGUGUAUAGUUUUGGAGUCGUGCUAUUAGAGCUUUUAACAGGACGUCGACCAGUUGGAGAUUUUGGGGAUGGAGUGGUUGAUAUAGCACAAUGGUGCAGAAGAGCUGUAACAUAUGGCGAGAAUGAAAACGACAUUAUUUGUUUAGUUGACAAAAGGGUAGGAAUGAUACCAAAAGAGGAAGCAAAACACUUAUUCUUCAUAGCAAAGUUAUGUGUGGAAGAGAAUAGUGUGGAAAGGCCAACAAUGAGAGAAGUAGUUCAGAUGUUGGCGGAGUUUCCUCAUCAGUCUCCCAGUUGUUUCCAAUCUUCCUCAUCUUCGUCUCCCUGUCAAAAAUUGAAGAACGGCGAGAAGGAAAGAGAACAUCAAUCAAAGUCCAAACCAGAUCAUUUAGUUUAAGAAGAAAAGAGAGUAAUGGUUUCUUUUUUUUUUUUUUUUAAUUUUUGGUUCAUUCGGGUUCUAUCCAUAUAUAUAGGUUAACAUUGGGGCUUAGUUUCAUAUGUUUUAUUUUUUCUUUCUUAUUCUCUUUUAAGCUUUAGAAUAUUGUGUGUUAAAUGGGUUGUUUUGAUAUAUGUAAAGGUUUUUUUUCUUUUUUUAAGCAAUUGAGUAUCGUUGGCUAAGAAAAAUAGUUAGUGGUAGCUUUUGAGAGGGAAAAGAGUACUAGAAAGGAAAAGUGGGGAUGGGGGAGUGAGAGAAAAUGAAAUAAAUUAAAAGAUAGCACAUCUUUUAAAAGAAUGGGUGGAGAGGCAAAAUGCAAGCAUUUUGACUUUGUAUCAUAAUUCGAUCCUAGUCAUCAAUACAUAUAACAUUAUUAAAAAAAAAAUUAUUAACUAUGAUUACAUGUUCUAUUAUUA